AUAUGCAAACCAAACAAUUAUACUCUUCGCGGUCGCAGACCGCCCUCUCUCGAGCACCGCGGCAAUUAUACUCUCAUGGAGAAGUCCCGGAGGAAGAACGGACUCCUCUUCUACUUUCCGCGUCUUCUCCCCCCAAAUUGUCGGCAGCAUUCGCAAGAUCUUGAGACCGAGAGCUGAAGGAUUUAGUUUGGAGCUGAUCAGGUGCCAUGGGUUACGAUUCAGAUUGUGCCUCCCCGGAUGGCCAGUAUGAAGAUGACGAUGAAGAAUAUGAGGAGACUGGCAGGGGUAACCGACUUUUUGGAUUUAUGUUUGGAAAUGUUGAUAAUUCUGGUGAUCUUGAUGCUGAUUACCUUGAUGAGGAUGCAAAGGAGCAUCUUGCUGCAUUGGCUGACAAGCUCGGUUCAUCGUUGACUGAUAUAGAUUUAUCUGUAAAAUCACUGCAAUCUCCAGCUGAUCCUGCUGAACAAGAAUAUGAUGAGAAGGCAGAAGAUGCGGUUGAUUAUGAAGACAUUGAUGAGCAAUAUGAUGGACCAGAGACUCAAGCUGUCACUGAGGAGGACUACUUGUUGCCUAAGAAGGAUUUCUUUUCUGCUGAAGUUUCAGCAGCUACUUUGAGGCAUACCACUUCAGUAUUUGAUGAUGAAAAUUAUGAUGAAGAAGAGGAAUUUGAAACAGUGCACGAGGUGGAUAACAGUGCUGAAGUUCAAACUAUUUCUAUAUCAGGUGAGCAGGAUGAUUACAUUGCUAUUGUUACUAGAGAGGAUAAAUCUUCCGAGGAUGAUCUGCAAGUUGAUUCUUUGGAAACUGACUUCUUGGCUGGAAAAAUGACAGAAUUUCAGGAGGACUCUGAAGUUCUGGAAGAGCCAUUGGAUGAUAGAAGUUCCACACCUCUUCCUAUUUUGUGCAUACAAGAUGGAAUGGUGAUCUUGCGCUUCUCAGAAAUUUUUGGUAUUCAGGAGCCAUUGAAGAAAAGAGAGAAAAUGGACCAAAAGUAUCGUUUUCCUAGAGAGAGAUAUAAAUCUGUGGAUGCUUUUGAUAUUGUUGAAGAUGAUGAAGAGGCAUUCUUGAAAGGCUUUUGUCAAGGGUUUUCAGUUCUUAAACAGUCACCUGUGACUGAAGAUGAUGAUAUAUUAGAAAUUAUGGAUGAUGACUCAGAGUUGAAAAAAUUUGGUGUUGUUCAAUGGGAUUCAGCACUUCCUCAGCAAAUUGAUGGCCAGAGGUUUGAUUCUUGUCUUAGUGCGCAGCCAAUGAAAGAAGAUAUGGCAGUGGAUUUGUCUGUGGCAGGGAAGUCACCUUUUCUCCCUGAAGUUCACCCUCUUGAUCAACAAGAUUGGGAAGAUGGAAUUAUCUGGGAUAAUUCUCCUGCAAUGAGUGAUGAUUCAGCUGAGGCUUGUGACAUUGUUAGACCUGAGUCCAAAGCUUUAUUUAACGCAGAAUUAGAGACAGGUCCAGGGUCACAAAAUAUUUGGUUGGAGCCUCAAGUGGUACCAGAUGAGAAGGAGCAUGGGUUUUUCCUUCAUAGCUCAUGUGGUGAGCUAGAAUCUUUUGACUCAAGUGAUCCAAGAUCGACAAAAUUUCCCUCCUCAGAAAGCAGAUGUCAUCCUCAACUUUUGAGAUUAGAGUCUCAGUUGGAACUGGAUGGUACGAAUCAUUCAGAUGUCAAGGAGAAGGCUGCUGAAGAUAUUCACCGUAGUGAUGCUAUCAGGCGUUUUAGCAAGAUCACAUUGCAAAACAGAGACAUAAUGGAAGGAUCUUGGUUAGACAAAAUAAUUUGGGAUUAUCAGAAACCAGUCGCAAGACCAAAACUGAUCCUUGACCUUCAAGAUGGUCAGAUGCUUUUUGAAAUUUUAGAUGAAAAAGAUGCUAAGCAUCUUCAGCUUCAUGCAGGAGCAAUGAUUGUAACUCGUUUCCUGAAGUCAGGAACUGGGGAAUUUUCUGAGCUACCUUGCCAUGGAGGUCCAUCCGGUGGACGGUUUAAUAUUGCUAAUGACAAAUUUUAUUCAAACAGAAAAACUUCUCAGCAGUCAAAGUCGCAUCCAAAAAAACGCACAGCUCAUGCUGUAAAGGUUUUGCAUUCCAUACCUGCAGUCAAGUUGCAGACAAUGAAACCAAAGUUGAGCAAUAAAGAUAUUGCUAACUUUCAUCGUCCAAAAGCUUUAUGGUAUCCCCAUGAUAAUGAGGUGGCAGUGAAAGAACAAGGGAAACUGCCUACUCAAGGACCCAUGAAAAUUAUAUUGAAGAGUUUGGGAGGGAAAGGAAGUAAACUUCAUGUUGAUGCAGAUGAUACCAUCUCUUUUGUCAAAAUGAAAGCUUCAAAAAAGCUAGAUUUUAAAUCAUUGGAAGCUGUAAAAAUAUUUUAUUCUGGAAAGGAGCUUGAGGACUACAAAUCUCUUGCUGAACAAAAUGUUCAACCAAACUCUUUGCUUCAUCUUGUCCGUACGAAGAUACAUUUGUUACCAAGAGCACAGAAGCUUCCUGGUGAGAAUAAAUCUUUGCGUCCUCCAGGGGCUUUUAAGAAGAAACCUGACCUUACUGUGAAGGAUGGCCAUGUCUUCUUGAUGGAAUACUGUGAGGAAAGACCUUUGUUGUUGGGAAAUGUUGGGAUGGGUGCCAGACUCUGCACUUAUUAUCAGAAAUCAGCUCCAGGUGAUCAAACUGGCACUCAGUUGCGGAAUGGAAACAAUAGUUUGGGGAGUAUUCUCACACUUGAUCCUGCUGAAAGAUCCCCUUUCCUUGGAGAUAUAAAAGCUGGUUCCAGCCAGUCAUGCCUUGAAACAAAUAUGUACAGAGCACCCAUAUUUCCCCAUAAACUUCCGUCAACUGACUAUUUAUUGGUCCGUUCUGCAAAGGGAAAGCUUUCGAUUAGGCGCAUAGACAGGAUUGAUGUUGUUGGACAGCAGGAACCUCACAUGGAGGUAAUGUCUCCUGGAACAAAAGGUCUUCAAACAUAUAUAAUAAACAGGUUGUUGGUGCAUAUGUAUCGUGAGUUUCGUGCUUUAGAAAAGCAUGGCUUGCUUCCCUGUAUACGUGCCGAUGAGUUAUCCGCACAGUUUCCUAACAUUUCAGAACCCUUUCUUCGGAAGAGGCUGAAACAUUGUGCAGAUUUUCAGAAACGAUCAAAUGGUGUGUUGUUUUGGGUUAUGAGGCAUAAUUUCCGCAUUCCAUUGGAGGAGGAGCUGAGGAGGAUGGUAACACCAGAGAAUGUAUGUGCCUAUGAAAGUAUGCUAGCGGGCCUGCACCGGCUCAAACGUUUAGGAAUUACAAGAUUGACACAUCCAACUGGCCUCUCAACUGCUAUGAAUCAACUUCCUGAUGAAGCAAUCGCUUUGGCUGCUGCUUCACACAUUGAGAGGGAAGUGCAGAUAACUCCCUGGAACUUAAGUAGCAAUUUUGUUGCCUGUACAAAGCAGAACAGAGAAAAUAUUGAGCGAUUGGAAAUAACUGGUGUGGGUGAUCCAUCUGGAAGGGGUCUUGGUUUCAGCUACGUCCGUACUGCUCCGAAGGCACCAAUAUCAAGUGCAGUGUUGAAGAAGAAAAUGCCUGUUGGUCGCGGAGGUUCAACUGUCACUGGAACAGAUGCUGACCUACGACGACUGAGCAUGGAGGCUGCCCGAGAGGUCCUCCUAAAGUUUAACGUUCCAGAUGAGCUGAUUGCAAAACAAACUAGGUGGCAUCGAAUUGCUAUGAUACGCAAGCUUUCCAGUGAGCAAGCUGCAUCAGGUAUCAAGGUUGAUCCCACAACCAUCAGUAAGUAUGCACGUGGCCAGCGGAUGUCAUUUCUUCAGCUUCAGCAGCAAACCAGAGAAAAAUGUCAGGAAAUUUGGGAUCGACAAGUUCAGAGUCUUUCGGCCUUUGAUGUUGAUGAAAAUGAGAGUGAUUCUGAAGCAAAUAGUGACCUGGAUUCCUUUGCUGGAGACCUAGAGAAUCUGCUGGAUGCCGAAGAAUUUGAGGAAAGGGAAGAAGGUAACUGUAACUCCAAGAAAGAUAAAAUUGAUGGCGUCCGAGGUCUUAAAAUGAGAAGGCACCAAUCACAAGCUCAGGCAGAAGAGGAAAUCGAAGAUGAAGCAGCUGAAGCGGCAGAAUUGUUCAGAAUGCUCAUGGAUGAUGAUGAGGCUGAUAGGAAGAAGAAGAAAAAGAUGAAAUCUGUCAGGGAUGAAGCAAGGUUCUUUCGAGGAUCAGAAUCAAGUUUUGGUUUUGAAAAUGCACAGCGGCGCAAGAAAUCUGGUGCUGCAGUCAAGCAGAUCACUGGUAAGGCCCCAGCCAAUGGAUCUUACACGUCAAAGGAUAACAUCAUCCAAGCCCCUAAAGAUGAAGAAGGUUUCUUUCCUAAGAAGAAAAUCUUUGGAAAAGCAAAAGCAAUUAAAAAGAAUGAUGUUGUGCAUACAAGUCUACUCCAUAAGAAAGUCAAAAUAAUGGCUGAUGGUGUGAAGAUUGUAAAGGAACGAAAAUCUGCAAGAGAAACAUUUGUCUGUGGAGCUUGUGGUCAGCUUGGACACAUGAGAACAAACAAGAACUGCCCUAAAUAUGGAGAAGAUCUGGAAACACAAAAUGAAUCUGCAGAUCUAGAAAAGGCUUCAGGGAAACCCAAUCCAAUGGAUCCCUCUGCUCAACCCCCACAGAAAGCUCUGAUAAAGAAGCUGAUAGCAAAAGCUGCAACAAAAAAUACUCUGGUAGAAGCUAGUGAGGGUGAGAAUUCUGGUUCAAAAGCAAGAAUUCUCCCAGUGAAGUUUAAAUGUGGCAGUGCCGAAAAACCUGACAAAAUUACACCUGGAAUCACCAUGAGUUCUGACCAACUGGUUUGUUCUGAAGCUGAAGCUGGGGGUAAGUCCACAGGCAAGGUUAAUAAAAUAAUAAUUUCCAACAAGAUGAAACCUGAAGAUGUACAGGUUGAAUCGCAUAAACCCUCUAUUGUAAUACGACCACUAACAGAAACUGAUCAAGAUCAACCGCGCAAGAAAUUAAUUAUCAAACGACCAAAGGAGAAUAUAAAUUUAGAUCAUGUCAGUCAGGAAGGAAGCACCUGUCCUGAGAACAGGAAGACAAAGAAAAUAAUUGAACUGUCAAAUUUUGAGAUGCCAAGAAAGCAGAAGAGCAUGAUUAUGGCUGAGGCCGCGAGGAAGAAAUCUAGACAGGUUAAAAGAUGGUGGGAAGAGGAGGAGAAGAGGAGAAUUGCAGAGAGACACAGAGAAGAGAAAGCAAGAAAGCAAGAAGAAGAGAUGUGGAUGCUGGAAGAAGAAAGGCUAGCUGAGAUAAGAAGAUAUGAAGAAGCCAUAAGAAGAGAAAGGGAGGAGGAAGAACACCAAAAAGCAAUAAAGAAAAAGAAAAAGAAAAAGCCAGUAGUCAGAGAUGAUUAUUUAGAAGAUUACAGGGCAAGAAGAAGUGACAGCAAGCUGCCAGAACGCAACAGAACUGCAAAAAGGAGACCUGUUCUUGAGUUGGGAAAGUACAUGGCGGACCAUGGACCACCAACAAAACGCCGUAGAGGAGGAGAGGUUGGGCUGGCAAACAUUUUAGAGAGAAUAGUGGAGACCCUAAAAGAAAGAUAUGAGGUGUCAUAUCUCUUCUUGAAACCUGUGUCCAAGAAGGAAGCUCCUGACUAUCUGGACAUUAUAAAGCACCCCAUGGAUCUGUCCACAAUCAAAGAGAAAGUGAGGAGGAUGGAGUACAAGAGCAGAAACGAAUUUAGGAAUGAUGUCUGGCAGAUUUAUUACAAUGCCAAAAAAUACAACACUGGACGCAACCCAGGUAUUCCUCCCCUUGCAGAAAAGCUUCUGUACCUCUGUGAAGACUUGCUAGAAGAAUGUGACAGCAGCUUGGCUGAAGCUGAAGCUGGCAUUGAAAGCAGCAACAGUUAGAGAUCAAUUGUAGUUAUAAUUAAGAUUUUUCCUUUUUUGUUUUUGCUGAAGCAUCUCUUCCCCCCACACCCCCCCACCCCCCGGCGCGCGCGUGGGGGGUGGCGGCCUCUGUAUUUUGGGGUUUAAAGUUUCUGGGGAUGGCCUUGGUUUCACCUUAUUAUAUGUAAGUUCCAAAAUAUCAAGUUGCAUUCCCCUUUUGUUCCUAUAUUAUGCAACUUAAUGCGAAUAAAAGGUUUCAAUUCAGAUAGUACUAUUCCGACAUGUACAUGAUUUAGUACAGUUCAAUCACUGCUGCUUCAGUUUGAGUAUGACCCAAAAUUUGGUUUCGGACCUAUAAAAA